UUAUUUUCUGUUCUUCAGUUGUCAAGUUUACGGUCUGAGUUUAAUAAUAAAAUCGUCAGCCUUUUGAAUCCUUUGUAUUCUAUAUUAUAUAUAUUGAAAUCGACAUAAAUCUACAGCUAUGUGGCAUAUAGCAUUAUGUAUAAUGUGUGGCAUAAGCGGUGCGUUUUCCACCAAUACUGCAGUGUAUCAAGCUAUGAUAGAUAACAUGAUCCAGCCGGACGUAGUUCUUACCGCACCAAGUGAAACUUUUUAUGUUAAUUAUACAAGCGGCGCAAAUGUGGAGUUAGGAAAUAAUCUAACAUUUACACAGAUAAUAGAUAAACCUGCAGUCAAAUAUAUGGCUGAUCCAGAUUUGUUCUACACAUUAUGUUUGACCGAGCCCAUCGAGCCUAAACCUAUCGAUUUGUAUCCAUUGGGAAGAGAAUAUUUGCAUUGGUUAGUUAUAAAUAUACCAGGUAAUGAUUUGGGAAAGGGAUAUACUUUGUUUGAAUACAACAGUUCCACGAUCAUCAACUUAUCAAUGCCUAAUCGUUACGUAUUUCUGUUAUACUUACAGCCUUCGUACAUCACUUUCAAUAAAACAUACUGGCAAAGGAAAUUCGGACAAGACUUUUCACGUUUUACAAUUUUUGAAUUUGCUUACCAAAAUCAAUUCGAAGAUCCUAUGGGAGGCAAUUUUUUUUUAACUGGAUACAAAGAUCCUACAUUUCUAGGGGGAAUAAUCACACCAUCUUCACCGAAUAAUGAAUCACCGAAAGAAGUUAACUCAAAGUAUACUUCACUAGACCAAAAUUCUUUUCAGAAUAGUGCCCAGGAGUCGAGUUCACAAGAGGAAAAUUCAUCAGACCAAAAUUCUUUUCAGAAUAGUGCCCAGGAGUCAAAUUCACAAGAGAAAAAUUCAUCAGACCAAAAUUCUUUUAAGAAUAGUACCCAGGAGUCAAGUUCACAAGAGAAAAAUUCAUCAGGUCGAAAUUCUUUUAAUAAUAGUACCCAGAAGUCAAGUUCACAAAAGAAAAAUUCGUUAGGCUGAAAUUCUUUUAAUAAUAGUACCCAGGAAUCAAGAUCACAAGAGAAAAAUUCAUAGAAACCAAAAUCCCAGGAGCAAAGUACUAACAAAGCAACUACUAAAAAUUCAAAAUCCGAAAAAAGUAAUUCUCAAGAAUAUACAUCUCAGUAAAUAGAUUUUAUGAGAAUUCCCGGAACCCAAUUAAUCUAUAAGAUAUUGUUAUCAACAAAUACAAUUUCAUCAUUUUUAUUGCCUACUGUUUCUAGCAAAGACCGAUAGUAAUAAAUCGAUGGUCAGUUAGUUCGUUUAA